UGAUCCUGGUUUGGAACAAGGGGAGGGAGAGUGAAGAACUGUUUAACGUUCUGCCAUCCUUAGGCUGAACGCUAGGCACCAAGAAGUAUUUCUGGUUGCAGAGCAGGUACAACGGGGGCUUAGAGAGAAGGUAAGGGGGCCUCUUGAGUCUACUAGGCAUGGCAUUUACCUCAGUCCUAGGGACUGCUGAUAACUUCCUGCUGGCUUCUACCUGCCCUCACCUUUUCCACCAACCCUACCCCAUCCCUGUUCUCUACCUUGCUCCACCCUUUUCCAAAAUCCCCGGGGCCCAGGAGGAGGGAUCGGGUGCUGGGGAGGGUGACUGUGUUAAAGAUGUGAUAGUCCAUUACAGUUUAAAUGUGUCUUGUAUUCCCCCACUUGAUUGAGUUUCCCAGUACCUGCCUCUGUCUUUUAGCGGUUUAAAAUACAUUUUGUCCUUUAUACAACAACAGUAACAAAAACAACAACAACAACAACUACAACAAAAUGCUAUGUCGAUCAGAUCAAUGUUUUAAACACAUCUUGGUGUUAAGUCUCCACUACUAUCUUCUGAUGAAAAUAAAAACAAUAAAAAUUAAUGAACUUUAAUGAGCUGGGUGGUUUCUUCAAUACUAGGUUUCAUAGAAUCUCCAAAAUGCAGAUAAACAGCAAGGAGGACAGUGGGCUUCAGCUCCUGUAAAUUCCAGUUGUGUCACAGGGAGGGCAAAUCCCCAGAGUUGAGAGAGAGGGAGCUAAGUCUAGCAUAAGAAGACCUACGCGGCCAGCGAGUUUUUUAAAACCCACCUUUUACACUGCAUCCAGUCCUCGAUUAACUCCUGCUCUGGGGAUGCGUUAACCGAACAGACCUUUUGAUGGAGAAGUGGGCUCUUCUCUCUGUUCCUGGUCUUCAGCCAGCCUCCUUCCUCCCCCUCUGCCUGUCUGGCCCUGGCACUUUGCAAAUCGCCGGUUUUGCGCACCCUCGCGGUGGGCGUUCUCCACGUUGCAUCCUGCCCCCUCGGUCCUUCUUCCAGCGGGGUGGCCGAGUACAUGCAUCUUUCUCGGGGGGCUCGCUCGCACACGCCCUCUCCCGCAGCCCGCGACUCCCCACCUGCCCCGGCUCGCCUUAGCCUCUCUUCUCCUUCGGGUGCAUCCCUGACCCUGGCAUCCCUUCAUCCCGGCCUGCUAGGGUUCGGAGCGUCGGGACGCGGCUGUGGCGGCGGUGCGGAGCUGGUGUGGGAAGCCAAGGCAGGAAAGGCGAACCCGAGUGGGUGGUGAGAGGCCAACCGAGUCCGUGGGAGCCAGGGAAGCCGAGAGGAGUGAGACACUGAGUGUGCGCUGCGCGCUGCCCUGGUCGGGGCGGACUCGUGCGGAGGCUCCUAGUCUUCCGAGCGGCGCCCCAGCCUCUGCAGUGAGCCUGCUUGGGUGCGCCUUGGGACCCAGGCACCCAGAUCCCGGAGGUCGGCGGAGAGGUACCCGAGAAAGGCAGUGAUUCUGAGAGUCCGCGGAGGGGAGACGCGGAGGCUGAGCGGAUGGAGGAACAAUGCCGCCUCCAGAAGCAAAGCCUUUCUUGAGCCUUGGCUGGAGUGUGGAGUCGGCUCUCUGCUCUGCUCUCUCCAGGCCUUGAGGCUACUUCUGGGCUUGGUUCCGCCUCUUAGUUUGACAGGAAUUAGAAAGUUGCUCUUCUUCUCUACAAGGUUUCCUUUGAAGUGGCUUUCCGAUCUGCGUGCUGGUUCAAGUCAAGAUGUCACUUUCUGGAUCCCCCGCGAGGAGCGACUAAUAGAUUAUGCAUUGUUGGGCAAUAAACUCUCCUGGGAAGAGAGGGUAGUCCACCCCAAGGUUUAAACGGUUCGCCACUGACUCCUGCCAGCCUCAGCACAAUGCCUUAAAUGACAAAGAGACUGUAUUGCCCUUGGAAUGAGGUUCCUACAGCAUAAGAAAGAAAGGUGCUGAGCACAUUCAGGGAUAUAGACCCACUGCUACCUGGAUUUGAUUUAUACAAGAGAAAUCUACAUCAAUGGCCACUCUUACCACAUUGCUACUAUGGGAAACAGAAUGGUCAAUAGGAGAUGUCCUGAUGAAUAGUGAUGAUUGAAGAUGCGGCAUCUGUCUGUGUGAAAUCAAUGGGAGCUACUUACUGCAUGAAGAGUGCUUUGAGCAUUCCUUCACAAGCUCAUAUUUGAGAAACUGGAGCUGCAUUCUACCACCAUUCCAUCUUUCUCCAGUGGAUACAAAUAUACUUGCCUUGCUGUACCAGACAAAUAGACAACUAAUGUGGGACCAUGGCACUUCCCAGAUGCAUGUGGCCAAAUUAUGUUUGGAGAGCUAUGAUGGCAUGUGUGGUCCACAGGGGAUCCGGUGCCCCAUUGACUCUCUGCUUGUUGGGAUGUUUGCUACAGACUUUUCACGUACUCUCUCAAAAGUUGGAUGAUGUAGACCCAUUGGUUACUACUAACUUUGGCAAGAUUAGGGGAAUUAAGAAAGAACUCAAUAAUGAAAUUUUGGGUCCUGUCAUUCAGUUUCUUGGGGUUCCAUAUGCCGCUCCACCAACAGGAGAACAUCGUUUCCAGCCUCCAGAACCACCAUCUCCCUGGUCUGACAUCCGGAACGCCACUCAGUUUGCUCCUGUAUGUCCCCAGAAUAUCAUUGAUGGCAGAUUGCCUGAAGUUAUGCUUCCUGUGUGGUUCACUAAUAACUUGGAUGUGGUUUCAUCAUACGUCCAAGACCAGAGUGAAGACUGUCUAUACUUAAACAUCUAUGUCCCAACUGAAGAUGUAAAAAGAAUAUCCAAGGAAUGUGCCAGAAAACCCGGCAAGAAAAUAUGUAGAAAAGGAGGUCCCCUUACAAAGAAACACACAGAUGAUUUAGGUGAUAAUGACGGUGCUGAAGAUGAAGAUAUUCGGGACAGUGGGGGUCCCAAACCAGUGAUGGUGUACAUCCAUGGCGGCUCUUACAUGGAAGGUACUGGAAAUCUGUAUGAUGGGAGUGUCUUGGCAAGCUAUGGCAAUGUGAUCGUCAUCACAGUCAACUAUCGGCUUGGGGUACUUGGCUUCUUGAGCACAGGGGAUCAGGCUGCCAAAGGAAACUACGGGCUCCUUGACCUCAUCCAGGCCCUAAGAUGGACCAGCGAGAACAUUGGGUUCUUUGGUGGUGACCCCUUGCGAAUCACUGUGUUUGGAUCAGGCGCUGGGGGUUCAUGUGUCAACCUGCUGACUUUAUCCCAUUAUUCUGAAGGACUUUUUCAACGAGCAAUAGCUCAGAGUGGAACAGCCCUUUCCAGCUGGGCUGUUAGUUUCCAGCCUGCAAAAUACGCUAGAAUUCUGGCCACAAAAGUUGGCUGCAAUGUUUCAGAUACAGUAGAGUUAGUAGAAUGCCUGCAGAAGAAGCCUUACAAAGAACUUGUUGAUCAAGAUGUUCAACCAGCCCGAUACCACAUAGCCUUUGGACCUGUGAUCGAUGGUGAUGUAAUACCAGAUGACCCUCAGAUACUGAUGGAACAAGGAGAGUUCCUCAACUAUGAUAUAAUGUUGGGAGUUAACCAAGGGGAAGGGUUGAAGUUUGUCGAAAAUAUAGUAGAUAGUGAUGAUGGUGUAUCAGCCAGUGAUUUCGACUUUGCUGUUUCUAAUUUUGUUGAUAAUUUAUAUGGAUAUCCUGAAGGCAAAGAUGUUUUGAGAGAAACCAUUAAAUUCAUGUAUACUGACUGGGCUGAUCGCCAUAAUCCUGAAACUAGAAGGAAGACAUUGUUGGCUUUGUUUACGGACCAUCAAUGGGUAGCACCUGCUGUGGCCACAGCAGACCUUCACUCGAACUUUGGCUCACCUACAUACUUCUAUGCCUUUUAUCAUCAUUGCCAAACAGAUCAAGUUCCAGCUUGGGCUGAUGCAGCUCAUGGGGAUGAGGUUCCCUAUGUGUUGGGAAUCCCCAUGAUUGGCCCUACAGAGUUAUUUCCUUGCAAUUUCUCCAAGAAUGAUGUGAUGUUGAGUGCAGUAGUAAUGACAUACUGGACGAAUUUUGCUAAAACUGGUGACCCAAAUCAACCAGUUCCUCAAGACACAAAAUUCAUCCAUACCAAACCCAACCGCUUUGAAGAAGUAGCAUGGACCAGAUAUUCCCAGAAAGACCAGCUUUAUCUCCAUAUUGGAUUAAAACCGAGAGUUAAAGAGCAUUACAGAGCCAAUAAGGUAAAUCUCUGGCUGGAGCUGGUACCUCAUCUGCAUAAUCUCAAUGACAUUUCUCAGUAUACCUCGACAACAACUAAAGUGCCAUCCACGGACAUCACUCUCAGACCUACAAGGAAGAAUUCCACACCAGUCACAUCAGCCUUUCCCACUGCCAAACAGGAUGAUCCCAAGCAACAACCAAGCCCCUUCUCGGUGGAUCAGAGGGACUACUCCACAGAGCUAAGUGUCACUAUCGCAGUGGGGGCCUCUCUGCUGUUUCUCAACAUCUUGGCUUUUGCAGCCCUGUACUACAAGAAGGAUAAGAGGAGACAUGAUGUCCACCGGAGGUGCAGCCCUCAGCGCACGACCACCAACGACCUAACCCAUGCUCCAGAAGAGGAAAUUAUGUCUCUCCAAAUGAAGCACACUGACUUGGAUCACGAGUGUGAGUCCAUCCAUCCACAUGAGGUGGUUCUUCGGACCGCCUGUCCCCCAGAUUAUACUCUAGCUAUGAGGAGGUCACCUGAUGAUAUUCCACUAAUGACACCUAACACCAUCACAAUGAUUCCCAACACUAUACCAGGGAUUCAGCCCUUACAUACAUUCAACACAUUUACUGGAGGACAGAAUAAUACACUGCCCCAUCCCCACCCACACCCCCAUUCACAUUCAACAACCAGGGUAUAGCCAGAUGAGAGAGACAAACUGAUUUUUUUUUCUGAUGGAGUGCAGUAAAAGAUUAUUGGAAGAUUCCUUGGCUUUCAACUCGGAAGACUCUCACUAUUUAAAUAAGGAGGAAUAUUAUGUGAAUAUACAUAUCAAGAACUUUGGGGGUUUUGAAAAAUGAAUUGUAUAUAGAUAUACACACAAAUCAACUUUAAAAAAAAAAGCAAAUUCCAAUUGCGUGAAGCAAUUGUUCUGAAUGAUACUUUUUCAUUCACUUUCAAGAAUUAAUUUGUUGAAGAUUUAAGUUACUUAACGGAGUUAGGCAUGUGGAACACCAAACAGGAAAGUACUGUGUCUGAAUACUUUAAAAACAAACAAAAAACAAAAACAAAAACAAAAAUAAAAUCAACUAUGAAUAUGCACAAGGGACACACCAAUGGAAUGUCAGAUAAUUUCGCCAGUUUUCAUUUGGAGCCCUUUAAUUGUGUAGACCAUAUUUGCUUAAGUACACAGGACACCUAUGCUGUUAAUGGCAUAGCAGAAGUUCAUGCUGAAAAUUGCCAGUAAAACAAAGAAGUUGCCAUAAGACUGGCAGGUACAACAUUAUCACAUAAGUGCUGUCAGUACUAAGUCGUGGGGAUCAAGGAGACUGGAUAUUUUUAGCACGAUGUGCAUGAUAAUUUAUAUGCUUGGUGGCUGUGCUGCUGGUUAAGCCGUAAUUAAAAUUCUUCUCAUCCCAUUGGAGUUUUUAAUAGGAGCUUCCUCCAUCAAUUGGCAGAAACUAAAGAAGAUAUUAUAAGGGGCAAAAGUAAUUACUAUAAAAUAAUUUGCAGUAGUUUUGAUAAUAGAGGGAAUAGUUAUUAAAGUCUUGGGAGAAACUAGAGGUAUAGUGGUGAAUACUCACUGAUAUGAAUCCCAGAAAAAAAAUUCUAUAAGUUUAAUAUUCUUUUCAUUCCCUUAUAUGUAAUUUAUAGAAAUACAACUCUAAUUGAACAUGUGUUAGCUGCAGAGCUAUAAUUUGCUGUGGGUUUGUUACUCUGAAGUUUGCUCCUUUCGUUAACAGUCUUGCAAGGUGUAAGGAUGCCCCAACAGUACCAUUCUGAUUACAGUUCUCAGUCGAUUGAUUUACUCAUGUUGCAUGACAAAAUGUUUACUACUAAGAAUUCAAUAGAAAGCAUAGUCCCUCUUCACAUUGCAUCUUUCUCGCUGAGGGUCUCUUGAAUUUACUCAUGAGAUCUCAGUAGAGGAACAAUGUAGGUGCAGAACCUAGGAGAGUCAACAGCUGGAGGGUUUGUCUUUCACAUAUGUGCAAUUUCAAAUGAAUUCUCGAAGACCACAGGAAUCUCUGAAUCCCCUGUUGUUUACCAGUAAUAUCAGUAUAUCACAGACCUUUCCAAAUGUUUGUAUAUGUAAUCAGAUGUACAUUUAUAUUAAAAAAAAAAACAAUGAGAUGGACCUCAAGAGCACAUGCUGAUCAAUGGUUUCUCUCUUAUCUGUACUAUAUUUCUAUUAGACUAAAGUUAUGUGAUUUUUUUUUACCUUUUUUCAGAUGACUAGCAAUUUUGAUAGUUUGUAAGAUAAUGCAAAGGACUUUCUCUGACUAACUGCUGUAACAGAAACCUUUCUUUCCAGCUACCCUUUUUCAAGAAUCGAAAGCUUAUUAUACAAAAGCAAACACUUGUAUACUACUCGGUGGGAAGGAUGCUGUGUAUCACGACCACAUCCGUGGUCCUUGGGUGAAAUAAAGAUAAUAUGGAGAAUGGCGAUUAGUCAAAUGCUAAGAGACAUGAUCUUUGCUCAUUAAAGAGCUAAAACGUUUAUUGCUGUUUUGUCUUUUAUUUUGUUUUUACAAAAAGAAAAGAAAAGAAAGAAAUCUAAAACAAAAGAAACAAGAUUGUGUUGGAGUCUUUUUUUUUUUUUUUUUUUUUUUUUUUUUAGAACAGUUCGAUUUUGGAAGACAUAUAGGCAACUGCAGAACUCUGCAUGGAGGGAGACUCUGGGAACUUUAGUACUACCUUAGAACCUGGAACUCAUAGAAAAUGUUACCUUGGUAAUUUUAAAUACUCCUUCCCCUAGACAUCUUACAAACAUGGUGACCAUUGUUCUCACUAAAAAAAAAAAAAAAAAACACAAGUUCUGAUGUUGCUCACCAGGGAAAAAGUCUAUUGGAAAUGUGGAAAUGAAGGGACAUUACCUCAUGAAGUAAGGUAUCUGCUUAUAAUAUAGGAGUGGUUAGCCUAUCAUAUACUUAAAAAAAUUCUUCAAGAGAAUUGGAAAGUGCUAAAAAAGAUAUUGAGCUAGCAUUAAAAAAAAUCUACUGUGAGAAACUUAUUUGAUUAUAGCUUCCAAAGUACUAAACAUCAAUACGUUUAAGUACUGUUCCACUUAAAACUACAAUUCUUUCUCAUAAGCAAAGUCUUCAAAAUCCCGAGUAGUCUACUCACCACUGAUGAGUGACGAGCUCAUACUUACGAGAAUGUGUUGCCACUGACAGUGAACAAAAAGAACUAUGUAGCCUCUGAAGGACUGUUUAAUGCCAAACUGUCUUUUACUACAUUAAGAAAACAAUAAAACUAGAAAUAAAGGUGACAGCAAAAUGUACUGUGAGUGAGUGCUUUCAUACACAGCAAUUACUUUACUUGGAAAAAUCAUUCUAUUAGGUUAUAGUGGUUGCUCUGUUUCUAUCUUACUAUAAAAACCUGCUACAUCUUACUAACACCUACUUUUUGACAGCACAAUUCAUGCUUCAUAUUAAUUUAGAAAAAUAUUUAAGAAAAUAAUUCAUAACCUGAUUGUUUACUGAAAGGAAACAAACAGUCAGAUUUUUAGGGCUGCCCUCUUGGGGUGUGGCAAAGGUAUUGUGAGUCACUGUGAGUAGCUAGUCUAGUUUGCAUUACCAGACUCGCUUCCUGAACAUAAAAUUGUGUCUUGUACAACCAGAACUAACAACUGUUUGCAAACUGAAAUAUAAUUUUUAAAUGAAAGCAAAAAUUUGGCAUUUUGAUUCGGUUCUAUCUAAUAUGUUUGGAUUGUGUUUAUCUAGAAGAUAAUAUCCUGUUGGGGAAAAGCUAAUACUAAAUUUAAUAAAUAUUGUAGCAUUAUUUAUUAAUUCAGAUUGUCUUGGUUGAAAUUAAAUAGCAACAAACAAGGAUGAGAUUCUUAGAAUCCAUGAUGACAUCAAAAGCCAAGAUAAGUUUUUGCUGCUUUGAUUUUAUAUAAUUUUGCCAACAUUUAUCAAAGACUUAUUGAUGUUUUCCUAUAAACUUAGGGAUGUUCAAAUGGCAGAUUUAAUGGUUUUAAAUGUUAUUGAUAUGUUGAGUGUGGAUCAAAUUUAGUUUACUAUAGAUAUUUAAUAAAAUUGAUUACUAACUUUUAUGAAAUAUUGAAUAUAAUUUUUUGAACAUCACAAGUUCCCAAUUUGGAGAGCUCAGAGAGGAAAUUAUUUCAUUCAUUUUCAAUCUAAGAACAUACUUUAAUGCACACCUUUGGACACAUAUUAAAAGAAUACAAUGUAUACAUUUUUUUUAAAUUCCCAUGUAAAAAUCCCAUGUAAAAUUACAUAUGAUACUAAGUAGGCAAAAUGCAGUGUAGAGCAGUCAUUCUGUUACAGAAGUGGAAUGUCAGCACUCAGUUUUUAUAUCCAUACUUAUAACAUCAGUGAUUUUGUCUGUUGGUACAGUUGUACUGGAUGCAUAUGAACAUCCAGAAAGGAUACAGAGAGUUGGGCAGAUGGUGCUGGCUUUACAGGCAUCAGAGUUUCGGGAUCAAUGGCAUCUUUUCUUUGGCACGUCUCCUUUAAGUAUUUUCACAAGAACAAAUAAUGAAUGGAAUCCCUAGGAAGUUCACAAUAACUAUGGCAGUUGUCUUGUAAUUUUGCUUACUUCUUAGUGAUUGGUUCAAACUUCUGUCCUUUUAUUUCAAGUGAUUAGUUGUUAUAGACUAUCACUUUUUAAUGUGAGUGAAUAUUUGAUAAUUUGGUUAUGCUUGCUCCAAAACAAAUCUAAUUAAUGGGCACUUCCUGCUGAGAUUUGUUAUCAUUCACUUAAUUAUCUUGCCAAGCUAACUGUUGGAGCAGUUGUCAUCAUCUUUUAGUCAAUAUAGUAAUGAAAUGUCUCCAAUAGCCUUCUGCUUCUCCUUUGCUUGACAUGUCAACAACACAAACUUCAGCUUUUCAUCAAAAUUCUAAGCUCCCUACUCAUGUGAUAGAUUGGGCUUCCUUGAUUUAUUCCUAUAAAUUAUCCUAUAAAUUAUGAAUUGGUCUUAUUUUAGCACUCAGUUGUAUUUUUAUUUAGGGCAGAAAUCAAUUCAAUUUGUUUAGCACUACAGAAAAUACAAACUGGAAAAUCCACCUGUGGUGCUUAAGUGCCUUCUCCUUUUGUUAUUAUGUUUAGAAAUCUUCAUUUGAUUUAAAAUUUAUAACUCCUGAUAAUGCCACUUAAAAGAUAAAACAGAAUGGAUAAGGUGUUAAUUGCCAAUAAAGGAAAUCUAUUGGGAAGGUCUGGGUUUAAUUUGAGUUUGUAUUAUAUAAAAAAAAAAAAAAAAAAAAAAAAACUCCCAAUAUUCCUCUGAAAAGACCGAAGUAAUUUUUUGGAAUAAAUGGUAAUUAGUUUGGCAUCUGAUUUUAAUGGUGCUAAAGAAUAUAACUUUACUAUUCUGAGAGACUUUAAUUUUUUUCAGAACCAAAGGUGGUGGUAUAUACCUUUCAUUCCAGUACUUCAGAUGCAAAGGAAGACAUAUUUUUACGAGUUCAAGGCCAACUUAUGUCUAUAUGGCCAGCUAGUGCUACAGAGUAUACCUUUUCUCCAAAAAAAAUUUCAACUGGGUAAAAUUAUUUUAGAAGGAGGCAAUUUUUAUAAAUGAACACACAAUUGACACAUAUCUAAUUUUUAUCUAGUCAUCAAUUACAUCCUGUAUGGUAUGAUACUCUGUAUACAAGUUAUAGAAUUCAUAGGAUGGUCCUUUCAGAUGUCUACCUUUAUAUCCUCUAAAUAUGUACAACUUAGGCAGAAGUUAAUCCUCUGAAAAGCAGCAAGCCCAAGCUCUUGCUUUCUAAUGUAAAUCAAUAACUAUUGAUGACUUAAGGAAAUUUGUAAGUUGCCAAGUACAAAAACUCAGCAGCUGAAAUUUAAACAAAGAGACCAUCUCUAAAUAGCAUUUCUUGCUCUGAUGGUUCUCAUGUGGUAUAAUUAAAAAAAAAUAUUAGUGUUUUUUAUCAUUCCUUCUCUAAAGUCAUAUUGGUCAGCAACUCACUGGGAAUGUGCCAUACUUUCAUCAGGUUGGGUCUGUUCCACCUGUGUUUGGACACACACAUCUCUCAUUCAAAAUGGCUUUGUUAUCGUGAAUAAAUACCUUCAUGGUUACGAAGAUGUAUUGACUGUUUUAAAGAUCAGGAAAUCUUCUCUCUGUUUGACACACACUUUGUAAAAUGAAUGUUUUGUUUUUGUUUUUGUUUUUUGUUUUUUCAACAACAUCAUCCUGUUAUCCCCAGAUGCAGGGAACAUUUUGACUUCUUCUAAAUCAGGAUGUUUAUGAUCUACUUAGUACUUGGUGAUUUCAAAGAAACAGAUUGAAUAGUUGAGUUUGAAUUCUUGGAGUUAGCCUGAUAAGAAAAGAGACAAGCAAAGACAAAGAGAUCCUAGAAAGACCAGGACAUAAGAAAAAAGAAGAAAAGUCUUUAAAUUUUAAGUGAGUGACGCUUCCAAAUAAUGUGUUGUGGUUUGUGAAAAGGAAAACAUGAAUCAUAAAUCUAUUGAGAUUAAGACUAAAGAAGACUUACAUAGAGUGAAUAGGUUAAAACUUUUGAAGGAUAUAAUAAACUUUCUACUAAACAUAUAUUUUUAAAAUUUUAUGUGCAUGGGUGAUUUUCCUUCAUGUAUAUCUAUGUAAGGGUGUCAGAUUCACUGGAACUAGUGUUACAAACAAUUGUGAGCUACCAUAUGGGUACUGGGAUUUGAACCCAGGUCCCCUGGAAGAGCAGAUAGUGCUCUUAAGCACUGAGCCAUCUCUCCAGCACCUAAAAGCAUAAUCCUUGAUACAUGUCCCCAAAUGUUUGGAGAAACAAGCAAAAAUAAAGAUAAAAAUAUUUGUAAUUUUUUUAUUAUCUACUCAGAUUGGACCUUGAGACUGUAGAUGCAUGAGACAUUUGUAUUUCAUCCAUAUAAACAAAGACAAGGGUAAAAUUCCCAAGCUAGAAUGAACAGAAUUCCACCAAGGUGAGGCUUGACUUUCAAUAUUUCCGUAUUGUCAUCGAAAAACACUGACGUUGUCUGGAGGUUGCUAUGGAUAUGUAAUAUACAUGUAAGAGUGUUACUUUCUAAACAAAAGUGAUGAUUAUAGGAUUUGAUGUAUUGGAUAUGAUUACAUUUUAUCUACAUUUUUAUAUUUUCUUAUACUUAACAAAAUGUUUUUUUUUCUCUGAGUGUCAUAAAGUCCUAAAUACAUUGCAUAAAUUUUCAUGUAGAAGAAGCAUAUUCCAGAGAGAUGGUGUUAUUUUAAGUACUUCCUUCUGCCCUAGUUCUGGAAAGCUGCCUUCAUGAUCUUCAGGCUAAAACAUUUCUAUCUGUCCUGAAAACACUGCAGUUCAUUUUAAGAGCAGCCUUCCUCUCCAAAAUGACAUGUCUCCUCAAAAACAGACCUUCUGUUUCCAUGACUUCUCUACUUACUCUUUAUGACUCUUAAUCUUAAAAUUAGAGUUAAUAAACAUUGGCUUCCUCUUUUCUCAGAGAAGUUAGAAGCCAGAGAAUGUCACUCAAGAAUGACAGGUCUAAGCCACUCAUUUCUUUAGUAAGCAAUGCCCAUAUUCCUCUAUUUCUUCGGCAAAUGAUGCCUAACAUGUUAGACAACGGGCAUGGUACUCUAUUCUAGGUCCAGUUUUGGGGUCAACUACCAUACUAUUAUUAACAAGCUUAGAAUAAAUUUAAGCAUAUAGAAGUAUUGAGAUCAUUUUUCUUUGCUAUUUAGUAUAUUAAAGUAUUGUCUGUUUUCUCUACUUUGUAUGUAUCAAAAUAGUGGAAUAGUACUUCUGGGUUUAACUACAUCACUAAUUAAAUUGUACUGCACAAGUCUGUCAAUCAAGGUGUAUGAUGGUAAUUUUUCCCAGGCUAAUAUUUUGGCCAAAUCUGGGCCCAUACUCUAAGACUGAGGAACAUGGUAUAUCCAUCCAGGUUAAACUUCACCUCACCUUCACUCCUGACAGACCCCUUUCCUCUGCUUUGGUCCUAGCUUGUAAUUGUGAACUCUUGCCAUUAGCCACCCACCAUGAGUCUGGAAUUCUAAGCCAGUGACCAUAUUUUAGAAUUUUGUUCUUAUACUUAUAUAGGAUUUUUUUUCAUUCUGAUGGCUAUUAAAAAAAAACUUAUUUGUAAAGAUUAGAAAAUGAAUGUCUAGUCUUCCAUGAAUCAUUCUUCCUUCAAAAUAAAGAUCCUCACUCACAGAAAUCAAAACCAAAAAAAAAAAAAGACAAAACAAAAUAAAACAAACAAACAAACAAAAAACCCCAACUAAAUCAUUUACCAUUUUACCACUUUACCCACUGUUCUUCAAAUGCAUUCACAGCCCUAGUGUGUUAAACAGUAUGGAUGCCAUGGUUGUGCAUUAACAUGCUUUGGUAUAGCAUACUCAGGCCAGCAUUUCCACUGCCACUUUCUCAAGAGCCCAUUUAAUAAUGUCUAAUGGUGUGCCAUUGGAAUAGACUUAGAACAUCUUUAAUUGAGACAGAGACUCACUAAUAAUGCUCCUUAAAAUUUUCACAUUUGUGCUGUUAAUCAAAUUCUACCAGAUCUUGAUAGCCAAAACAAUACACUUGAUCAUUUCAAAUUUUCAGGAUAUUUAGAACUUAGAUCUCAGAGUAAUACAAUCCAAUACCAUGAUAAAGGUCACCUUUCUUUUAUAUACACAAUUAGAAAACAAAACAAAACAAAACAAAACAAAACAAAAAAACCCAUACACACACACACACACACACACACACACACACACACACACACACAAGUAAACCAAACCAAACCAAACCAAAAUAAAGAACUACUAUGCAGAAGAGAAGCAUGCUGAAAGCAAAGACCUGGAGGGGAGCAGCCAAGGCAAUGCUGCUGCAAAAAUGAAGGCCCACAGUGAAUUGAUCAGUGAGUAGCUUCCAGUUCUGUGUCACACUCACAGUGAAAUCGUGCUCAGCUCCCUCACAACACUUUCUGAUGUGCUUAUGCUCUCACUUCUUCUAUUUUCAAUGAAUGUUAUUAUAAUGCCUUGCAAAUAAGAAAUGUACAUAUCAAUAUUAACUAGACCCAAAGACUACAACUAAAGGAACUCAAAUACAAUUAAAAACCGCCCUUCCAAGGGAAGCUGUGAGCAUCACACUGAGUUGUUCACUUUCAGGACUGAGUCUCUUUAAUCACAUGCCUAUCACUAACCCAUUCCUUAGAAGACUGUUGCAAGGUCCUGUUCUACAUGCGGAGCACUCAUCAGUGAUGGAUGACUGAGCAAAACAUUGGACCUGUUCUCAUGGGAGUAGCCCCCAGCUAAUUGUCUUUCUGUCUACACACAUAGGCCAAGAGAGAUGACCAUAUUCAUACUUUCAUUUACAAACUUAUUUUAUAUCAAAAUUGUCCAUGACAAGAGACUUAGGAUGCUUCAUUGGAUUUUUACUUUGGGAUUUCUAUGCUGCUGGCAUUAAAUCAUAGAUGAUAAUAUAGGAUGAAUUUUAACACUAAUCACCAGGAAUAAUUAAACUGUUGAUUUCGACUAAUUCAGUGUAUGUUUUGUGCUUCUUAAUCUGUUGUCCUGGCUUGCCUGAAACUCACAGAGAUCCUCAGCCUCCUAAAGUCCAAUUCAACAUAUUCUGGAAAUUGGAUGGCUUAAUAUAUAAAAUGAAGAGGCUGAGAGUGUAGUUAAGUGAUAGAGCAAAUACUACGCAAGGAAGCCUUGAGUUCAAACCUGAACCAAAGAGAGAGAAAGAGGGUGGGGGGAGAGAGAGAGAGACCUCUCUAGUAGGGGAUCUCUAUAACAAGUUUGUAAGAAAGAUAGUUACUAAAUUGACUCUCAAAUUGAUCCUUAACCAAUGUGUAGUUGCCCACAUCUGUAAUUCCAGCACUCAAGAAGAGGUUUUGAUUUUCAUAGUAACACCCUGUUUUAGAAGAGAAAAAUGAAUACUCAGCAAUUAAUGCCAUUCUAAUGACAAUGGCAAUAACUUGCUCCUGUACAGACAUGACAUAGUUACAAUUCAAGGACAGCCAAGAUCAUCAAGCUCCACAAAACAAUGACCAGCAUCUCAUCUGCCAUGUCAGGAAACCCUCUACAGCCAUUGUUCAUAUAGCAGCAUAGUCCAAAGAGAGAGUGACAAAUGGAGUCUAGCAGUGACAUCAAAGCCAAACUCAGAGGAGGAUAGAAUUUUCUAUGUGUGUCCUAGAGGUUCUGCCAAUGAAGAAACCCUUUAGAGAAAUUUAUCCAUAUGUGGAAAAAUACCACUGCCAUACUGCAUAUAAAAAAAUUUAAUCCUAGAUGAAUUGAAAAAUCCAAACUUGAAACGUUACCAUAAAAGACUUUAAAAUACAUAAAAAUAUCGUCCUGUUAUUAAAGUAGAGUCAAAAAUUAGUAAACAAUACACAUGUUCAUCUGUAACAGUAAAGAAGAAUAAGUCAAAAUUUAAAUCUCUGUAUAUCAGAUAAUGGUUACAAAAUGUCAAAUAGCACAUUGCAAAAGUCAGUGGUUUUUUAUAUAUAGAAAUUUAAUACACUAACAAUUACUAAGAAUAUAAUUCAAUUUAAACCAGAAUAUUUAGGAGCUGUUCAACAUAACUAAAAUAAAAAAAAAUACAAUGCAGAUUAAAUUAAAGGAAAGAAUCCUUUCAUGGUGGUAGAGUUUGUCUGAAUAAACAAAACACAAGAUUUAAAGGAAAAAGUUCAAAAAUAUAGAAAGGAAAGAAGAAAGUGAGGCAAGGAGUGAGAAAGGAAGUUAUGGAGGAUUAAGGAAGGAGGAAAAGGAAGAAGAGAAGAAAGGAAACAGAAUUGAAACAUGUGACAAAAACCUAGAAAAAGAAUAAAUAUAUGGGGGUUAAAUCCUCAGACAGAAACCCUAAGUGGAAGCAGAGAACUCCAUCAAUAAAAACACUAUUCCAUCAAGAGUACUAGAUAUUGAAGCAUCAGACUUCAGAAGUAAAGCUUUAAGCCGGGAGAAAUUGAAAUAGCAAAUGCCAAGAGGAAAUGUGGUAUGAGAAGGGGGUUUUUAGGUUGAACCAAAAACUUACAUCGCAAAUACAACAGCAUUCAAGAGACCCCUGUCAAAAGUAAGGAAUUUAUAAAUGUUAUUUCCAUGGGCAUUUUCUGAGACACUGGCUAGAAAAUGACCAGCAGAGAGCAAAGACCAAAUGAGCAUUAGAAUGUCACAUGUACAGAGUUUGUGACUGUAGAAGUUGACCAUUUGGAUUCAGCCUAAAGUUAAGAACUAUGGAUACAAUAAAGAAGUCAUGUUUGCAUAGAAUACAGUAGAGAAAGCAAACGGUUAAGUUACUUAUAAUAGUUAUAUUUGCAUUGGCAACUCUUGUGUUUUUAAUGUAAAAAUAUCUUGCUAUAAUUUCCUUAUAAUUCUGUUACUAAACAAAAUACAAAACAGAACAGCAACAAUAACAAUAACAACAACAAAGCCGCAGCAUUAUCUGCUUUGCAGAAACUACUCACUAAACUAUAAAGAAAACCAAGAUGGUUUAUCAGCUCCAGAGAAGUGUCUGUGCAUCAAAAAGGAAAAGAGUUAUGACUGAAAUGAGGCAGGUACUGUAAAACAAUCCUUGUUAAUCUGGGUCUCCUCUACCCUCAAAGUAUUUCCUUCUUAACAUGCUAUGUUGCACCAAAACACUUACUUCAUAGAGUUGUUCUGUACUUGUAUUAUAUUUUUAAUAAACUAUUGCAACUAGAGUAAAAGAAAAAAUCACGCGAAAAUGUUUUCAACUGAAAGCCAGUUUAUGAACAGAAAGGGUGCACCCACUGUCAGGGCUCAGGGUCAACUAUGAGGAAAAAGUAUCCAAUGAGGAUGUCAGGACAACAAAAGUAGAGCAACAACAUCACUAGGUCCCUAGGUAAGAUCUCGAGGGAACACAUUGAAGAAAUGCACUCGUGGUACUAAGAAAAAAAUUAUGACCAACUCAGAAUUUCCUAUAGAACAAACAGGAUUGCAGGGUAUCAGAUCAUGAAGGGAUGAACACUUGGGGAAGAUUAUUGAAACAAACAAAUAAACAAACAACAGCAACAACAAUAACAACAACAAAAAACAAACAAGACUGGUUCAAGGGCUAGGAGAGAGCUCAGGUGUGGAGAUUGUAAGCCAAGACAACAGCAUUAAAGUAAUAAACUAGCUGAUGUUUUUCAACCAGUAGAAAAUAUAUUCAUAGACUUUUUCCCUAUAAGGAGUUAUAAAACUGUAACCAAAUGGUAAUUAUCAAUGCAGAAAAAAAAGGACUUCAACAAAUGGAAUUUAAUCUUGUUUCUACAAGUGAAGGACAGUGCACUUACAGGUUGACUUAUCAAUGGGGGAAAUCAGGUAUCACACUGUUUUCUGGUCAACUUCCAAGAACGUUGUUCCAAUUUCCAUUCCCACAUUUUAGAGAACCUGUUUCUCUUUUCUCAAGCUGAUAAUGUGAUAAUCAAUUUUUAUCUUUUUCUUUAAAAUAAAAAUGGAACUUAGUUAUUGUAUUAAUUUGCAUUUUAAAUGGAUGCCCUGCAUCUUUUCUUGUGGUUAUAAGUCCUUGCAUUUAUUUUUUUAUAUUUGCUGUACUUCUUUACUUUGUAUAUAUUUUCUAUUUGUUUAUAUUUCUCUUCUUAGUAAUUAGAGGCACUCUGUCAAUAAAUAAAGUAAGUGGUUUU